UGGGAAGUCUCGAGUGGAUAGGUACUAUCGGUCUAGCUUUGCUUGUAGAAAUCCUGAUAUGAGACAGCAAGUUAUUGACUUACCUACUUCCAUGAAUUAUAUAAAAUCCUCAACAUACCCCCUCCCGCAUGUGAGUUCAUAAAAGCCUUGUGGUUUAUUUAAACUAAAAAAUUUCAAUAAAAUUUAGAUUCAUAUGCAAUUAUAUGUAAUUGACGAACGUAAACGAGCUCAAUACAAAUUUAAAGAAAAUGAAGGGUUGCUAUUUUCAUUUGAUAUUGAAGUUGAUAAAGCUGAGGAAAUUGUACAUCAAAUGGUUGAACAACAAUUAAUCCCAGACUCCGACAUUAAACAUAUCACUAAACUAAUUAAGGAUAAGGUUGAUUGUUUCAAACGUGACCGAGAGUUCAGGCUCCGCCAACUACAAUUACAACAACAAGCUUCUGAAAUUCUCACUCCUGCUGUUGUCCCAACUGCUGCUGCUGUUGUUAUCGUUGCUCCUACUACUGCUUGCGUUGUUGGUACAGCCCCAAUUCUUAAUACAGCAACUUCUCUUGCUCAUCUUGCCGAAGCAUUAGCAGCAUCUUCUCAAGCUACAGCUGCAACUACUACGACUAAUAUUAUUACUAAUGGAGUUACUAAUGCUUCUAAUAUUGUUGUUCAGCCACCACAACCUAGCGGGAAUGUCAAAUCAACAUGUUUUGAACGUAUUCAAAACCCUGAAAUUAAAGAAAUUAUUGACCGUGUUACAAACGAGAAAAAUAAUUUAGACCAAGCAUCAUCUACUCAACAGCUAUUAAAUGGAGAAGAAGAGGAGCAAUGCGGUAUUCGGAUAGAUAUUCAAAAUAGGGAGCAGGAUUUGACUGGAACUAAUAAUGAGGUAUUCAUAUGCAAUUAUAUGUAAUUGACGAACGUAAACGAGCUCAAUACAAAUUUAAAGAAAAUGAAGGGUUAUUAUUUUCUUUUGACAUAGAGGUUGAUAAAGCAGAAGAAAUUGUUCAACAAAUGGUGGAACAACAAUUAAUCCCAGAUUCCGACAUUAAACAUAUAACUAAACUUAUUAAGGAUAAGGUUGACACAUUUAAACAUGACCGUGAGUUAAGACUACGUCAACAACACCAACAAUUACAACAACAACAUUCAACUGAAAUUAUAAAUCCUCCAACAGUUGUUAUAGUUACUCCACCUAUUAAUUCUAAUCUUCCUCCUGUUGCUUCUUCCUCAACAACAAAUGUUCCUCCACCAUGUAUUC